AAUAAAAAAAUAGCGCACUAGACAAAGCUGCGACGCCGCGGCCAUAUUUCCCGCAACCACCAGUCCACCACACUCACUCCCUCAGCCACAACCUCCAAUUUACCAAAAUAGCCCCCACUUCCACCUUAAUUCCCCUAUCUAACCCUCGAUCUGCUACCUCGCUGUCGCCGGAGACCCAGUCGUACAGUUCAUCGGAAUAGAUGUCGGAAUCUUGCCCUGCGCCGCCCGAGGACACCGCCGCUAAGUCGCCACUAGACAAGCCGCUUCACCUGCUUACGGAGGAUGACAUUGCUCAGGUCACUCGCGAAGACUGCCGCCGUUACCUCAAGGAGAAAGGAAUGAGGAGACCUUCGUGGAACAAAUCUCAGGCGAUUCAGCAAGUGAUAAUGCUGAAGACGCUCCUCGAAACAACGCCGGAUUCGGACGCUGCUGGUGCGCGCAAGCGGCUUCGCAUUUCGCGCCCUAACAACACCGAUAGCAGCAGCAAUGUUGCUCCGGAUAGUGUUCCCAGAGGAACAACUGGUGGUGAUGCAGAGAAUUCUUUAUCCGCUGAGGAAACGACGCCGCAUUCUGUGAAAGAUCUCGACAAGCCUGAUUUUUCGGGUGGUUUCUCUAGCAGUUUUGCCGCUGGCAAUGAUGAAUCUACUCAACCUAGAACCCCAGGUUCAACAAAUAUGCCUAUGGGACAAAUGACAAUAUUCUAUUGUGGCAAAGUGAAUGUGUAUGAUGAUGUCCCUGCAGAUAAGGUGCGGGCACUAAUGCACAUUGCUGCAAGUCCUCUGAGGUUUCCAGACGAACAUCCUGUUGAUGGUGCUGCAGGAUUGCAACCUUUACCAUGCAUUCCAAAAACCGUUAGCUCUGCUCGUCAGGAUUCAGCUGUUCUCAUGUUGCCAACAGUGAAAAUGAAUGAAAGCACCCGACUGCCUGGAGAAGAAAACAAACUUCUUCAAGAAGAAACCCCUAUGGAAGGACCAUCAACCAGAAAAGCAUCUGUUCAAAGAUACCUUGAGAAGAGAAAAGACAGGUUUAAGAGCAAGGGAAAGGCAGGAAUGGCCUCGUGUGCAAGCUUGGAUGAUUAUAUUAACCAUCGAAUGGGUAAUCAACUGCCAAGAAUUGACACUUCAAUAACCCGAAUCAGAAAACCUUCUAACCUUACACGUUGCAGUUCAAUGGAAAAUGAUUCGGUGAAGAAAGUUUGCCUGUCUACUGGUCUGAGUCACAAAGGUGUAUAGGUGGAGUAUGCGAGCCCUGUUGAACUUUUGUACCACGCAAGUCUGUAGGGUCGAAUUCAUUCUCUGUUUUGUCAAAAUUUGGCGGUGGGCGCAACUGUGUCAUCCGUUAUUAUUCCCACGUUGGUUCAUUGACUAUCUUACCCCA